GAUUUGUAUUACAACAAAAACAAAUCGAUACAUAGCAUUGUUCCGCUUUGCCCCUCAUACGCCUCGCCAUUCUAGCGAAUUGAGCGUCAUUCGCCAGAGCACGCAGUCAAAUCAGUUUGUUUACAUUGCCUAAAUGGCCAACAAUUAUGUUGAAGCUGUAUUUGCGGUAGUGCACAAGUCUAUUUGGUGGUGUAAUUGACUCUCUUCAACUCUCUUCACAUACAACCACUUACAGGCGUUCAUAUGAAGGGAGCGCGCCGUAGUGCGCAUAUACAGACAAAAGGAUUGGCAAAAGGCGCAAGGAUUUUCAGGCAUUUUUACACGGAUUACAGUACGAAGUGAACAACCGUGGCGACAACAAAUAAUAAAAUCAUUUCUUGGUUGGCAAAAUUUUAUAAAAAACAUAAAAAGUGCGGUUUUAACGCAAAAUAUAAAUAUGCAGUGAAAUAGGAAACAAAGAUAGUAUCAAAGCAGUGUCGUGUGUGAAGAAUUAACACAUUCAACAAUUAUUAGUAUUUUAAAUGCACCGCCAUGUUGCAGUAAUGCUUUUUCUUUUGCACAAAGUCAGUGAUUCCAACGAGGGUAGUGAGCAAGGAAGUUUAUAUCAACCAGUGUGUCGGUUUACUUAACAGAAACGAUGGCGGCAGAAAACUAUCAUUUGAAAUGGGACUCACAUUUGUCUUAUUUGAAUUCUUCAGUUGCCACACUUUACAAAAAUGAGAAGUUCGCCGAUGUUGUGCUCUACAGUUCCAGCAGCAGUAGCGCCAGUGGAAGUGGCACAGAGAGUGGCAUACCAACAGUGGGUAUAUCAGCGCACAAAUUUAUACUCAGCUCGUGUAGUCAGUUUUUUGCAACGAUGUUCGAAACCGCACCAAUAUCCUCGCCCAACGGCGUGCUCUACGUUGUGCUUCCGCCAGAACUAAGCCACCGCGCUAUACAAAUACUAGUACAAUAUAUGUACAGUGGCGAGGCCACAGUCGCCAAUGAUAUACUUAAUGAAGUUUUACGUGGCGGAGAAAUUUUAAAAAUUCGUGGCCUAUGUCGCACCUCCUCCACGUCAUCAAAUUCGCACAAUGCUUCAACGCGCGUCAACGAAACACUAAUAGCUAACGGCGUUGGCACACAUUAUAUACAAAGUGCAGGUAAUCGCCAAGAGUCAUUACCAUCUCUUACACACUCGCAUAUGUCCAGUGCACAUGGGGGCGAUAUGUAUAUUGUUAACAAAUGUCCAAAUGGUGCUGGUGGUGGCAAUUGUGGACAACGUUAUCAUGCCAUGGAACAUUUGCAGCAACCUGUGACGCAAACAGUGCCGACGCAACAAACACACGCACAACAAAUACAACAAACACAUCACCAGUUUCGUGGCUUGGGCGCCUCCGUACUGCCCAAGGAUAGUCCAGUGAUAGUAAAGUCACCGAAAUUGUCACAGCUUGGGUUAUUAUCCGCUGCAGCGUCGAGUAGUAAGCAUCUUACGGGCUGUGGUAUAACGGUAAACAAAGAAGUUGCUAUAGAUCCCGAUGAAAAAUGCUGCUAUCGAUUGAAUCAGCUUCAAGUGGAAACUCCUUUGUGCAACGAAAUUGGCUGUACGGGCGGCUGUCCCAUUUCCAUGGAGAAUGAGCAGGUGAGGCGACAACAACGCAGACAAAACGAUGAAAAUAUGCGCGCAACUGUGGUAGAGCAGCAAUUGGAGCGAGAGUAUACAGAGCGACAGCGUCCACCAGCCGACGAAGAAGAACAAAAUAAUGACAUUGACAUGCCCAAUUAUGACAGACAGCUGCGACGCAGUAGUGGCGGCAGCACCGGGGAGCGCAUGCGCGAUUACUUCGUAUCAGAUUCCUAUGAGCACACCAACACAACAUCCACGAAAAGUCACUAUACGGAGCAGGUCAGCGGCAGCAGAUUGUCGAACGCAUCGCCCAUGCCUCACACACAAACUUUUCUCGCCAUAAAACAAGAGCCAACCGACUGGACCACAAACGCUUCCGCAACAGACAAUGCACACACCGAUUUAGCGUCACGGCCCAAAACACCGCUGCGUUCGCCAAAACAACCGUUAGAUUUUAAAAUGCCACCUGGCAGUACAACUGUCAAACUUGAAGUCGGCGCACAUUCCCAUAGUCCACACAGCGAACAGGACACGAACACCCAAGAUGAUAUCGACUAUGAAACACGUCUCGCGUGCGAAACGUGCAAACAAUCCUUUGAUGAACCUAAAUCUUGGGUGCGUCAUCUGGAGUCGCACACCGUUAACGCGGCAACAACAGCAGCAGAUACGGUAACGGUAAAUGUGACUUGCGGUACAACGAAUAACAUGAAUAGCACAAGCAUAAGCAAUAACAUACCCAAUGGCGGGGAGGCAUUAGUCAAGUCAUAUGUGCCCAAAAAGCGGCGACGAGUAUCGCAGCAGGAGAACAACGCGGGUCAUGUGACGCUCUGCUGUGACUUGUGUUCAAUCUCCUUUGAGACCCCUGCAGACUGGGUGCGCCAUCUGAACAACGAACACACCGAAAUCGAGUUGGCCAUGUUCAACAGCAAAAAGGACAAUGAGCAGAAAAGUUCGGGCAACAACAACCACCAAAACCUGCAACAAUUGCACCUCAAACGUUACACCCAUCGCUCGACGUAUGAUCAGCCCGCCAACGAUACGCAACCGUUAGCAGUAACUUCAACAGCGCCAUCCACGUCCAACUUUUCGGAGCGUACAGAAGCUUGUAACAAAAAGUUUUCCACGCACAGCGGCGUUUUGACGCACAAACGUAAUCACAACAGUGCACUGAAUGGUGUCAGCGUGAGUGUGAGCACUAGUGUAGCAUCCACAUCAUCCGGUGGAGCAGAUGUAAGUGUGAUUAGCAGCGUGGCCAGCAGUUUACCAAACGAACAAAUAAGCACUUCGUCGCAAGCUUGAUACAGUCGUAGAUGUCGUAAGGAUGCACAAAACGCUUGAAAAGAACGCGCUUCUGCCAACGAUUGCAUGGCAUAGAAGAAUGCACAAAACGCUUGAGCAGCCCAACGUUUUGCCAGAGAUUACAAGUGGAGUGAGAAUCAUUACCUAAGUCGUUCCAAAUCUAAACUAAUGAUGAAAUCAUACCAACCAAACUAUUUUAAUCAAAAUUUUUACAAAACUAUAAAUGGCAUCAGGAGUACAGUUAAAAUGUUUUAAAAUAUAUAAAUGAAAACAAAAACAAAACAAAAAAAACGUACACACACAUAUACUUUGGAUCACUUUGCAGCAACGAAAAAACAUUAUUAAUGACUUCCGAAGGUGAAUAUAUUGUAAAAAAAA